GACUCUUCAGAGGUCAUUCUUGUGCAUCACGAUGGAGCAACUGCAUGGAUGGUUCAUUUGGGUGUUUCUGUGUCAACUCAUUGCAGUCAGACCAGUGGAGAGCAACACUGUGUACGGUCACACAGGACAGACUGUUACUCUGCCGUGCAAAUACGACAGCCAGUACUACGGGGCGUUAUCCAUAUGCUGGGGCAAAGGGGAGCUGCCAUCGCGAGGCUGCGGCAACCAGGUCAUCCAGACGGAGGGUUUGAGGGUGACGGAGCGUUCUUCCCCACGCUAUCAGCUCGCCCACCGCCAGAUCAGUGCUGGGGACGUGUCCUUAACCAUCUACGAUGCGCGGGAGGAGGACAGUGGCACCUACGGCUGCAGAGUGGACAUCCCUGGGUGGUUCAACGACGAAAAAUAUCACAUGAAUCUUCAAAUAACAGCUGCUCCAACGACAACAGAAGACCUAACAACACUGGGCACAACUGUUCAAACCACUUCUAGAACUACUACAGAAUUAUCAACUACUACAAUGAUCGCUACCACAAGCACAGAGAGAGAAUGGAUACCAACGGAAUUCACAGAAGGCCAUUCGACUGCUUUUACAGAAGUUGCCAAGGCAGCAGAAACCACAAGACUAAACACUGGAGUGCCGGAACAUACAUCAUCUCAGACUGCAGAUGGGACGGAAGGGACAGAAGAGUUAAGCACACAAACAGGUAAAAUAUACAAAAGGUGCACCAGUCACACAAGAUAUUCAGUGGUGCCACCCCCCCACACUGCUCUGUUUCGGGUGCCAUUGUGGGCUGCCCCCUUGCAUGGAUGAGGCAUAAAUGCAAUUCCGUUGUGUGCAGUGAGCACUGUGUGCUGUGGAGUGCUGUGUCACAAUGGCAAUGGGAGUGUGAGUUUCCCGGCUCCCGGUUUCACUUCACUUUCAGUGCUUCAGUAAAGCAAACAGUGCUGUGGGCCUAGAGGGGUUGGAUGGAGAUAUAUGGGAUUCGAGCUCUUUGAUUAACCAAAUUUGUUUUUGUUAAAUUUAUAAAUAAAAAUUGGAAAUUAAAAAAAUAAA